AUGGUGACGAGUUUUCUAGUCAAUAUUAUUGAAUCUGACGAAAUAAAUACAUCAGAGUACUUUUCGUAUACGCCUUAUGGAGUUGGCAGGGGUAUACAAUAUGAAGGGUUGGGGCCAGUUAGAUUAAUAGGGGCUCAAUACAAUCUUUUAAUGUUUUACUCAUUAAAGGAAUAUAACACGAAAUAUGAACUAUUGGGGGAAAAAAUUAAAAAUAUAACAAAUUUAUGUACUGACCAAAAACAUCAAGAUUUAUGUGGGAAAUAUCAAUUAGUAAUUACAGACUUAUAUAACGAAAUAACUAAACAGAAAGAACGUACAUAUAUGUCGCUAGGAAGUACUAUGGAGGACAUUAAAAACAACAGAAAGAAAAGGGGAUUAAUAAACAUAAUAGGUAACACCAUGCAUACGUUAUUUGGCAUAUGUGAUGACAAGUGCACUAAGAAAACACAAGAAGCUAUACAAAAAACGGAAGAAUCAGGAACUAAUAUAUUACACAUAAUGGCAGCUCAAACUACUGUAGUAAAAACAACAAUAAGAAGUAUUGGUAACACAAUAAAUCAAACCGAACAAUUAUACAAUAAUAUUACGGAAAAGGAACAAAAACUAAACGAAAAAAUGUCAAAAAUACAAAACAAAACAAAUGAUAUAUUAGACUUACUAAUGAAAAAUGAAAUACAUAAUUUAUAUACAAUAAUUAUUAAUCAAUAUUCCUACGAAACAGAAAUAUUGGGACAAAUAGUAACUGCCGCUAGAGAAGGUAUGAUACAUCCAAGUCUUAUGACACCGCAAGAAUUAGCAUCAACAUUAAAAGCAAUAGAACAAAACAUAAAGAAAAUAUACAGUAUUCCGAUGGGAACAAAGAGAUAUGAAAUAAAUGAAUUUCAAAAAAUUACAAAAAUAAGAAUCUACUAUUCAAACGACAGAUUAGUAUUCGAUAUAGUAAUACCACUAAUUAUUGACACUGAACUCACAUUAUACAGGUUAACACCAGUACCAAUGCGUCAUAACCAAGAUAAUUCUAGUGGAUGGUACAUGAUGGACAUUACUUAUAAUAAUAUUGCUGUAACCAAAGGCUAUAAAAAAUUUACUACAUACACAGAUCAACAAUUAAACGAAUGUAAAGAAACAUCAAUAUACAAAAUAUGUAAUACACCACAACCUAUACAGGACAACAAUGAACGCCAACCAUGCGAAGUACAAAACUUUUAUAAAGCUGACACGUAUGCUAAUCCUGAGUUAUGUACAGUAAAGAAAAUAAAUUUAAAAAGAAGCAUAUACCAAAAAUUAAAAAGAAAAAAUACAUGGAUUCACGCAGGAAAAGAGACUUUAACUGUAAGUUGCGCGAACUUAAUAGACUCAUUUAUAAUACAAACAAAUGAAGCAGGAGAAAUAGCUAUAAACGACAUUAGUUGUCAAGUAUUUGCACGAGACGCAGUAUUAACUGCCACGGAAGAAAUCCAAAUUACAAAAUAUAAAGACUUUACACCUGUAACUAACAUGAAUAAUAUUUUAGAAAAAAUACCCGAACAUAUACACAAAUUCGAAACAGAUGAAAAGUGGGAAAAGGGACUAGCUAUGCAAUUCACAGAUUUACACGAUGCAUCCAAAUCUUUAGACGAAGUACAACAAAUGAUUAACCAAGAACUUUCAAGAGAACAAAAUCAAAAGCAUCAAUUUGUACACAGUAAUUUACUAUAUGUAACAAUAAUACUGGCAGUAAUAUCUAUUAUACUAAUAAUAGCAAUCUACAUAAUGAUAAAAUGCAAGUACAUCAGGUCCACAGAAGUCAUGGAAUUUCCCGGCAGAAUAGUUAGAUAUAGGGCACCCAAUAGAAAUGACUACAUACGAAAUUAUGAAGAAACACCCUUUACUCCACCCCCUUCACCAAGAUAA